CACUUGCGUUCGAAGUGUCACAUACUUGGCUAACCUCAAAAAGACAUGUUUGUACAAUAAAAAAUUCGGAUCGCCGAGGGUUGUGGUUCAGAGAGUAGUGAACGUCGAAAGACAUUGGACGAAUACAUAAUACACAAAAUCAUGUCAGCAGAUCUCGACCCAGCCUUUCGAUACGCCCUAAAAUUACUGCAUUCAUCAAGUGUCGAUUCGACCGAAAAAAUUCGAAAUUCUCUGGACGAUCUGAUAAAACAGCGACAUGGCACUAGUAAAAUGUUGGCAAACACCCUCAGCAAAAAAUAUUUGGCCGAAGAGUGCUCCGCACCGGGUGUAGUUCAACGACACCGUUCCAGCGAUUCAAAGGCUUCUUCGAGUAAUAGUCCACAGCAGAUUACGGUGACAACAGCUGAUAGUAAUUCGGUUGUGACCACACCGAUUGUUGUGCCGGACGACGACGAUGACGAUGACUUGAUGGAAGAAGCACAUCUUCAGGAAUUCCAAGAUUUGAACUGUGUGGUGUGUCGUCGCAUUGAAUCAAGUGCCAAAAAUCGCUUAAUCGAAUGCACCGACUGCCAGUCUCUCUACCAUCAGGAGUGCCACAGUCCACAGAUAUCCGAAUCAGAUGCAAACGAAAAUGAUUCGACUUGGUGUUGCUCACACUGUAAGAAUAAAGUGAAAUCAUCGUCCGUUGCAUCACCCGCCAAAUCGUCAUGUUCAACAUCAUCAUCCAGUUCGUCCAGCUACCACAAACACGUUUCCAAAUACGAACCGUCGGCGGCGGCCGCAGUUACGUCGAAAUCGUCAUCAUCAUCAUCGUCAUCGAAAAGUAGUUCAAAGCACAAAUCGUCAUCGUCCAAGCACAGUUCGAAAUCGAGCUCGAGUAGUCAGUCGAUUGUGUCACCGUCUAAUGGUAGCAGCAGCGGAACGAAUAGCUUGACUAAAGCACCGGUCACUAUAAAUAUUAUUAGCGCCGAUAAACGAUUGCAAAAUAUGAAGAAAAAAGCGGCCAAAAUGCAGGAGACAAGGAGGAAACACAAGUAAAUUUACCAACUGGUCCUUGUCGGUUUAGCUCGUCUCGAACUUUUUUAAUUCCUUUUACAAACAAACAUUGUUCGUGUGCGUUUAUUUUAUUAAUAAAUUUUUUUUUAAAA